GCGGAUACUAUGGUUACCACUUUGAACCCAUGAGCGCGCUCCGUGUCAUAAUAUAUCACUCGUGUAGUAUGUAGGGAGGGCAAGUCCAGACUGAACUAUGGGUGUGACAAAAGAAAACAGGCGUAGCUUGUGUCAUUCAAGAGUAAAAUGAAAAAGGGGGACAGGAAAGACAUGAUUUUUGACGGCCACAGGAAGACUCCGUACACUUGACCUGAUUCGGAUCUAAUCGCAGAAAAUCCUAAUGUAAACACCGAGUCCACUUUCAAGACGAAGCGGUCCCGAAGAGUUCGGGUGUGAGACCUGUUCACAGAUCUGUCAUGAAGAAGCGAGCACGGGAUUUAUAUUAAGUCCUUUGUAUGAUUUCUAUCGUUUCCUCCUUCACUCUUAAAAUUUAACAGGAUGAUGCGUAAGUUUAAUUCUGAGGGUGCGUUGUUGGAUCUGGACUACUCAACUCGGCGGCAAGAGGAUGAAGAUGGCACCACGGACAUGUCAGAGGAUGAGCUGGAUGGCACUCCAGCAUCCUAUCCUUGCACCCCGGACCCAAAGUCAGGGAGUGCUGGCAAAACUCUUAAAGGAGAACUCAAAAGAGAUCAAAGCAUCAGUAUGGAAAACCUCUGUGGCUUAGAGGACUCUGGUUUCUUGAAAGUCACCAAUUUAAACGAUAGCUUUAAAGCUUACAGCGACAGUCAGAUCACCUCUAAUGCCAAAGGCAGCUUUGAAAGUGUGGAAAAGUGUCCCAACCAUUCCAACUCAACAUCAGUCACAUCCAAAUCCAGAAGUUUGUCUCCAAAACCUCCCCAUUAUCACCGCCAACAAGCUCGGGCCAAAUUAGCAGCUGCUAAAUUGCAUAUUAAAAGUCUGUUUGGACAGAGUUCACCACAAGCAUCGCAAUCAAAUCUGACUAGCGCAGAGCACAGGGAACACAUAAGCAGUGCGAAGGAGAGGCGUUCGCGAAUGCCUUUCCUGAGACAGUGGAGUCAGGUGGGACAUAGCAAAGCUCAGCUCAGCAGGAAAGAGAUGGAACAUUGGGCCACAUCGCUUGAUGCUUUGAUGGGCUGCAGAGUGGGAGUUACGGUGUUUGAAGCGUUCCUGCGAUCUGAGUUCAGCGAUGAGAACCUGCAGUUCUACAUGGCCUGUGAGCAGUACAGACAGUCAUCCAAUAAAUUCAGCCUGCAGAGGCGGGCAAAAGCCAUUAUUGAGACCUACAUUCAGCCGGGUGCUACCAGAGAGGUAAAUCUUGACAGUAAAACGAGAGAACUGACAAUGGAGCUCCUAAAAGCCCCAUCACACACCUCUCUGUCCCACGCCCAGAAACGCAUCUACUGCCUCCUGGAAAUGGACUGUUACCCCCGUUUCCUUCAGUCCGAGAUCUACCUUACACUACUGAGGGAUUCAUACUAGAACAAAACUGGGCGGAGCCAAGCCAACCAGGACGAGGUCGUCCCAAAAAAACUCAAAGACCUUGAGAAGAGAUACACGGAGAGUUGGAAAGGAGAUAAGCAAACGUAUCAAGUCUCUAAUGAAAAUAAUUUAUAAUAAAGUUAUCUUAACUACUGAGGAAUUUUUGGGUUGAAGGAGGGGUGAUGUGACUGGUUUAAACUUGAAUGGAUGGUCUGAAAGGGUUACGUAAUGUAGGAGGUGCUAACUGUAAAUAUUUUAUACUAAAUGUUGAUUCAUUUUGGAGUUUUUACUUAUAUACUAGACAAAAAACACUCGAUACGCAAAAUAAUAAUAAUAAUAAUAUUGUGAUGUUUAAACCAUGGUUGUUUGGUUCCAAAACGAGAUAACGGAUUGUUUUUUGAUGUGCGUUCCAAUUAAUAUCAGUCAAACUGCAGUUGGGUUGUUUUGAUUUAAGCCUUCAUAACAAAAAAGACAGCUAGUAGUUCAAUAAAAAAAAUGAUAACAUAAUAAUAAACGUUUUGACAAAAAAAAUGUAGUGCUGGGCAAAGAUUAAUCGCGAUUAAUCGCAUACAAAAUAAAAGUGAUUUUUUGCAUAUGUGUGUGUACUGUGUCUAAUUAUUGUGUAUAUUUAACCACACACACAUUCAUAUAUUCAUUUCAGAAUUGUUUUACUUAUAUAUAUUUUUUUCAUUUAUUUUUAAUAUAGAAUAUAUAAAAAUAUAAAUAAAUAUAUAUAAACAUGUAAAUGUUUCUUAAAUACAUAUAUGAAUGUGUGUGUAUUUAUUUAUACAUAAUAAUUACACACAGCACACACUCAUAUAUUAUGCCAAAAAUCAUUUUUAUUUUGUAUGCGAUUAAUCGCGAUUAAUCUUUGCCCAGCACUAAAAAAAUUAAAACAGUGUUACAUCGUUUUGGAACCAAACUCUCCAAAUAUAAACGAACUCAACUGUUGCGUUAAAAAUAAUGUGUAAUUUAACCCAACGGUUGGGUUUGUCCGUUUUUGAUCCAACCUUGGAUUGAAACAACCCAGUAUGUUGACAGGCAACAAAGGGGAAAACUUGUUUGGCAAGAAUGAGCUGUUCGCUAAUCGCUAAUGGACCGAAGCACAGAUUUAGAGGUUAAACCAGGGUCAAGCCAUUAUUUUGCUCUAACCUGGUUAUGUAUAACUGUAAGGAAGUUGCAUUUACAACUUAUUCCUAGAAUUGACUGUAAUCUACUUCCUUUUUGUACCCAAUAAUAAAGUUACACUGCUGAAUUUAAAGAAAAGUUAUGCACAAAUAUCUCUGAGAUCGUACAAAGCUGUUAUAAACCCAUUCAAAUCAUACAACCGUUUCAAUUGUAAUAGUCAAUAUGAAUUCAAGCAGACUAGGUUAAAAUCUUCACUAUUAGUUUGAUGGGUGGUCAGCAUGUUUAAUGUUUAGAUGUGUGUUGUUGUUAAUUGAUGAAUGCAGAUAGCACAUUUAUUGUAGAUGUGUACAGUAUGUCAUUCAUAUGAAUGAGUGUUUAUUGUAAAGUGACUAUAGACACUGAAAUCAAGUUCUGUCAAUGAA